AUGAGUGCGACCGAGUCGUACCAGCUCGAGUCCCUCGCCUCGGAAGCGGAUGGCGUCAAGCCCCCCUCGCCAACGGCUUCAAUCGACCUGGCAAAUGUGCGAUGGCUGAACCAGGGCGGCCGGCGAUGGGAGGUCAGCAAGAUCUUCUUACGCAUCGUCUCGACGCUGCUGUGCGCCAUCAUCCUCAUCAUGAACAUGGCAUGGUAUGCGCAUCCAGAGUUUGACAAUUACAACGUCUGGCCAUGGCUAUGUCUCCCAGGGGCUUUACUCUCGUUUAUGUGGGAUCUGGGCGAGUUUCUUUCCGUGUGUGCCCGUCACGGCCGCGGCAUCACACCAAAAGCCCAUAUCGGUGUCGAGGUGAUUCUGUCCAUACUGGCCUACAUAGGCGGAGCGUGGCUGGCUUACCAGUUGGGAGUCGAGGAAGCCGGCCAAAUCGGCACCAGCCCCCUCAACUAUGCCCUCGCGCAGUGCAUAUUCAUGUUUGUUAUCGCGUGA